AUGAAAGCCUCAUAGAUAUUAAUAAUAUUUUUAAUUCUUUCUAUAAACUCUCUUAUAGCUAAUUCAAAGAUAAAAUCUCACAACCCAAGUCAUUUCCUAACCAAAUACAAUAAAAAAAUCUAAUAAAAAUAAUCAGAAUCUUAAGAUAAAUGUUAUGGAAUAGUAUUCGAUUGUGGUUCUUCUGGUACCCGUUAUUACGUAUAUUAAUGGGAAUGUAGAUCUGAAAGUUCUCUCCCUUAAUUAGAUUUCAGCCAAAUUUUAUCUGAAAAAGUAAAUAAUCCCAUCGCAAAACACUAUACUAAUCCUUAGGCUUUAGAUAGUAUUUUCAACCCCUUUUUCAAUAAAAUAAAGUCAAUAAUUCCUGAAGAUAAACACUCUUCGACUUUAUUAAUGCUUGGUGCAACUGCUGGUAUGAGAUUAAUUACCAAAAUGUAAUAAUUUGUAAUAAUAGAUAGAAUCAGAACUCUUUUUAGAAAUUCAGGAUUUUUAUUCUUAGGAGAUGAUCGUUCUAGAGUUAUUAAUGGAGAAGAAGAAGCUGUUUUCUUAUGGGUAGCAGUAAACUAUAUGCUAAAAAACAUUUCCUUAGAAUCCGAUGUAGAUAACCCUGAAACAGUCACCACAAUAGAUAUUGGAGGUGCUUCUACAUAAAUUGCAUUCUCAGACAUUAUCGAUAAUUAAGAAGCGGAGGAAUUCUAUACUUUACAAGUACCUUAGUUACCUGAAUAAAAAUUCAAUUUUACACUUAAAGGAGCUUCCGAAUUACUAGGAAUGGAUGUUUCUAGAUAUGAAAUCUUAUAAUCUGAAGUAAAGGCAGAUAAUAUUUCCUAUGCUUCCUGUUUUAAUUAAGGAUUUGAAAAUAAUGAUACUAGAUUAGGAAAAAUUGUCAAAGGUUAAGGAAAUCCAGAAAACUGUAUUAAUAAAAUCAGAAAUCUUUUCUAAAUAUCAAAUUGCAGUUACCCUGAUGAAAAAAAUUGUAGUGCUAAAUCAAUUUUCAUCAAAGGACCUUAAGGAAAAACUACAUAUGCAGUAAGUGCUGCUUUGUAUGCUAAAUUAGCUUACUUUGGAGAUGUCCCUGAAUUUAAUCCACAUGAUUUAAGAAAUGCAGCAAUUGAGUUUUGUAAAUAAAAACAUUAAGAUGUAGUGGCUAAGGAACCUAAAAAUAAGUUUAUUGAUAUUAAGUGUUAUUAAGGACUUUAUGCUUCUACUUUACUUAUUGAUGGUUAUGGAGUUGGCGAUAUGCAAAUUUAAUCGCCUUCUGAAAUUUAAACUUAAGAACCUACUUGGGCUUUAGGUUUAUUGUUAUUUGAACUAUCUAAAAGAAAUAGUGAUAGUAGAUGAUGAACUUAAUGAUAUCUAUCUUCUUUUAAUUUUAUAGAAAUAAAAAUUAUUUUAAGUUUAAAUUUAUAUUUAUAUUUAUCAAUAAAUAUUAUAUAUAUAUAUAAAAUAUUUAUUUUAAAAUAUAAUUAUAAAUAUUUUUAAACAUUUUUUACAAAUAUGAAAUUAAU